AUGGCAUCAAGAAAUCCCUUCUCCAAAAAGACUUACGCUCAAGCUACCGGCUCUAAGGCAUCUUCUGUGGCCGACUCCGACGACAGGAGCGAGGUACAAGGUCCAUUAACUCGGAGUCGAGCGAGGGACCUAGGGGUGGAGCUGGACGAGACCCAAAGCAUUGCCCGCAACAUCGUCCGAAGGCUUGGAGGCGGCUCCACCAGCUCAAAGAAAGCUACAUAUGAUAGGGGUUCAUCCUCAACAACAGAGACCGUUGGUAGCAAGAGUCCUACUCCCUCAACGAAAGCUGUUGGAAGCGAAAGUCCUACUCUCUCAAAUGAAGCUACUGGAACCAAAAGUCCUUCCCCUAUUCUUUCAAAAGGAUCUACUAGCAGUGGAAGCUCAUCUUCGCCAUCGCCUAUGUGGAAGGCAACAUCGGAAUAG